AUGCAUAAUCCCAUUCCGACGACGAAGAAUCAGACGAACCCGAAGAUCCAGCCUGAUCCAGAACAUGAGCAAUACCGUAUCGAACUCAAGAAUCAAUUCCUCGACCGACUUGCCGAAACACUAGCUCGCUUCAAAACUGAUCCCCAGGCCAGGACAUCGAAUGAUGCAGAACAUGUCUCUGCAGCUAUGAUGGUUUGCUAUGAAGACGAAGAGCACGUCAAGAUAUUUUGCGCUAACAAUGAGGGGCUUGAUAAGGAAGACCAUGACUUCCUAGCUAGAUGGAAAUUACGUAUGGAAAGUAUCGCUAGGAAAGGGUGUGCCUCAGAUGAGGAUACAUUUACCAUGUUCAACCUCGUUACAGAUUAUCAAUGA